AUGCCUGGUCUGCUUCAGGUCACAGGGGCAGCCCUGCCCCUCACCACGUCUGAUGUCACCUCCUUCGUCAGUGGUUAUGCCCUGGGACUCACCGCCUCCCUUACCUAUGGCAACCUGGAGGCCCAGCCCUUCCAAGGCCUCUUCGUGUACCCGCUGGAUGAGUACACCACGGUGAUCGGCUUUGAGGCAGUCAUUGCUGACCGCGUAGUAACAGUACAGAUCAAGGACAAAGCCAAGAUGGAGAGCGGCCACAUCAAAGCCACCCGCAUUCGAGCCACAACUGUCACAGGAAACACUCUGCAAGAGGGGGUUCCCAUCAUCCCUCAUUCCUACACACCGGGAAAGCUGGCUUUGGAUGAGGAUUUGGAGCGGAUCCUGUUCGUGGUCAACCUGGGGACCAUUGCCCCGAUGGAGAACGUCACCGUCUUCAUCAGCACCUCCUCAGAGCUCCCGACACUGCCCAGUGGGGCCGUGCGGGUCCUGCUGCCUGCCGUCUGCGCCCCAAUCGUGCCCCAAUUCUGCACCGAGAACGCUGGCCCCUCCAAUCAACAAGCCCAAGGCAAAGACAGACAUUGUUUCGGCACGCGGGCCCUGGAUUCCUGGAACAAGUUGUGCCUGGCGACUCUCCUGGACACUGAUGUGUCCAACCCCAUGGAAUAUGAGUUCAACUUCCAGCUAGAGAUCCGUGGGCCGUGCCUGCUUGCAGGGGUAGAGAGUCCCACCCACGAGAUCCGAGCUGACGCCGCCCCAUCCGCACGCUCAGCCAAGAGCAUCAUUAUCACCUUGGCCAACAGGCACACCUUCGACAGGCCCGUGGAGAUCUUCAUCCACCCCAGCGAGCCCCACAUGCCACAUGUUCUGAUGGAGAAAGGGGACAUGACCCGGGGAGAGUUUGACCAGCACUUGAAACGAAGAACGGAUUUCAUUAAAGGGAUGAAGAAGGACAGCAGUGCAGAGCGAAAGACAGAAAUCAUCCGGAAACGCCUCCACAAGGACAUUCCCCACCAUUCUGUCAUCAUGCUUAACUUCUGUCCUGACCUCCAGUCGGUCCAGCCGAACCUAAGAAAGGCCCAUGGGGAGUUUAUCUUCCUCAUCGACAGGAGUGGCAGCAUGAGUGGGACCAACAUCCACCGUGUCAAGGAUGCCAUGUUAGUGGCUCUUAAGAGCCUCAUGCCAUCCUGCCUCUUCAAUGUCAUUGGGUUUGGAUCCACAUUCAAGGCCCUCUUCCCUUCCAGUCAGACCUACAAUGAGGAGAGCUUGGCCAUCGCCUGUGAUAGCAUUCAGAGAAUGCGGGCUGACAUGGGUGGCACCAACAUCCUCUCCCCACUCAAGUGGAUCAUCCGGCAGCCAGUACACCGCGGCCACCCACGGCUUCUCUUCCUGAUCACAGAUGGGGCAGUCAACAACACCGGGAAGGUGCUGGAGCUGGUGCGAAACCACGCCUUCUCUACCAGGUGCUAUAGCUUUGGAAUUGGACCCAACGUCUGCCACAGGCUGGUGAAAGGACUGGCAACGGUGUCCAAGGGCAGUGCUGAGUUCCUGGUGGAGGGGGAGCGGCUGCAACCCAAGAUGGUCAAAUCCCUGAAGAAGGCCAUGGCCCCGGUCCUGAGCGAUGUGACUGUGGAGUGGGUCUUCCCUGAAACCACCGAAGUCCUGAUCUCACCUGUCAGCACCAGCACCCUCUUCCCUGGAGAACGGCUGGUGGGGUAUGGCAUUGUGUGUGAUGCCUCCUUAUACAGCUCCACUUACACAUCUGACAAGAGGAGACGAUACGGCAUGCUGCACUCUCAGGAGUCCGGCAGCUCUGUCUUCUCCCAUUCUCAGGAUGAGGGGCCCAGCCCAGACAGUGGAGAUUGUGCCAAGAGCUUGGGGACACCCUUCAACCUGAAGCAGGCCAAAGAUGCCCAGCCGUCCAGCGGAGACUCCACCACCAGUCCUAGUCUGGCUGUCUCCCAGCGACAGCGGGCAUACAGCACCAACCAGAUCGCCAACCAUAAGCCCUCCCCAAGGGCUGCCACGGCCAGUGACCCUACAACGGCUGCCAGGAGAUACCCAAUGCGGAAAGCCAAGCUGCAGGACCUCACCAACCAGACCAGCCUGGAUGCCCCGCGGUGGCAAAUUGAUUUGCAGCCCUUCCUGAACUAUGGCUCAGAGCUGAGCCCGGGCCCCAAACUCAGGGGCCCAGGGGCCCGCAGGCCCUCUCUGCUGCCCCAAGGCUGCCAGCCUUUCCUGCCCACCAGCCCGGAGACCCAGGCCUGGAGCCCCAUGAGAGAGCUGGAUCUUGGGUCCAGCCUAAAGCCUGUCUCAGACUACCGCAUCCCUGGAGAGCUUGAACUGUCCCAUCACCCCUCUGCCUUCGAGACUGACACGUCCUCAGACUGGGAGCCCCUGGCCGAGCCCCAAGAUCAGGCCAGUCCCAGCAGACCUGUCACCCCAGACCCCGUGCUGGGCAAGGCCGUAGUCAAGGGCCUACGCAACAGCCAACGUCUGCAAUGGGAGGUGAGCUUCGAGCUGGGGCCUCCUGGCCCGGAGCAGAGUGGCGCGCAGGACGCUGACCUGUGGAGCGAGACCUUCCACCACCUGGCGGCCCGGGCCAUCAUCCGCGACUUCGAGCAGCUGGCAGAGCGCCAGGGCGAGAUCGAGCAAGGGUCCAGCCGCCGCUACCAGGUGAAUGCCGUGCACACCAGCAAGGCCUGCAACAUCAUCAGCAAGUACACUGCCUACGUGCCUGUGGACGUGAGCAAGAGCCGGUACCUGCCCACCGUGGUGGCAUACCCCAACUCCGGUGCUGUGUUGCGGAUGGUCAGUUCUCGGGUCCAGAACCGACAGUGGAGGGGCACCUCUGCUGGCCUCAGGUUGUCCCAGACCAUGCUCAGGGAAGACUCAGCACCAGGAGAUCAGAACCUAAAUGUGGAGGAAAGUCCCACUGCGCCCUCCACCGAGACCACGUCCCCAGGCCACAAGAAGUACGCUGUCUCUGAAGGUCCCCUACACAGUCUGGCCACCAACACCCUUUCUUCCUGGAAGGCCUCCGAGACCCUCUUUGGAUCCAGAGAUGAAUGGGGAGAACUGUGUAGACUCAGACUUUUGCAUGGCCUAGGGCUCCAUGGGCUAAAACAUUUGAGGCCCACUGAGGGGCUCCCCCACAUACAGGUGUCUCUGCAGCUGGCCUCCGGAGCCUUCCUGCUCAACCAAGCCUUCUGUGAGGCCAUCCACAUCCCCAUGGACAAGCUCAAGUGGACCUCACCCUUCACCUGCCACCGAGUGUCCCUCACCACCCGCCAGCCUGAGUCUAAGACCUCCAAUCCCCAGCUGUGCACCGGCCCCUCAUCUCGGUACCCCUCCCGUGACAGCUUCUCCCUGGAGCCUCUGGUGGAAGGCGAGCCGGGCUGGGAGCCCAAGGCUGUGGUAGAACACACAGGGAAGCUGUGGGCCACGGUCGUGGCGCUGGCAUGGCUGGAGCACAGCUCCGCCUCGUACUUCGUGGAAUGGGAGCUUGUGGCCGCCAAGGCCAACUCCUGGCUGGAGCAGCAGGAGGUGCCCGAGGGCCGCACGCGGGGCACGCUCAAGGCUGCUGCCCUCCAGCUGUUCGUGCUCCUGAGGCACUGGGAUGAGAACCUGGAGUUCAAUAUGCUCUGCUAUAACCCGAAUUAUGUGUAG